AUGGAAGAAUACAUACGGAAGCAAGUCGUUUAUCCGCGCCACUUGCUCGCCUCUACUGACGCCUGGUGUAGAUUCAAAUCAACCCUCCGCAUCAGUGACGACGAUGGAGAGUUUCACUUCGCGGCUCGUGCGGCUGAAAAUUACAUCAACGCUGGCAUCAGGGACAACUGGCUACGGUUGAAAGUCAGUCCUCGUACGCCCCUCAUGCUCCUCGCGCACUUUGUGGAUCAACCCGUUCCCAGAUAUUAUCGCUCCUCCUACAGUCCUCGGGAACAAGAAUUCUUCCUUGGAGGCGAGUCAUUGACCUACAUAUGGUUCAUGAAGGGAAUUGUAUUUCGUGUCUACGAUCAAUUGAGAAUGCUUGGAUCUCAACAUCAAGACCACGAAUCAUUCGUCGAAAGAAUUCGCAGCUGCAACAGAGUCCGUCAUUGCCUCGCCGUGGAUGAGGACGAGCUCAAAACCAAUUCGGACGCUUGCUUCACGCACUACGAGAUAACUUCUCUUGACCCCGUCAUCGAGGUCGCUCACUCGCAGCCCAAGAAAAUGGUAGCCAGACUCGCGUUGUACCGUGUCCUGGGAACUGGCGAUAUUCAAACUGUCAUUGGUCUCAAGAUGGAGCACGGCUUGGACAACAAGUCGGCUACACUGUCUGUGUGGGAGCGUGAAAUCACUAAUUUGUGGGACCUUCGAACCAUCAGCUCCAGAUUGCGCGGGCGCGGUGGGAAGUGGAAUGUGAAGCAGGUAUUCGAGGAUCAGGUAGGCAAUGGACCACAUGCCUGCCCAGUGCCGACCCUCCACCCAUCCACUACCUCUUCUUCCGUGGCAGCGACUAAUAUUAUCCAAAUUUAG